UCCAUAGCAAUGAAGUGUAUCCAUAUCUGUAGAAAAACAAAAAUUCGAAGUUAUUCACAUAUACAGAGCACUGUCUAUAAAUCAUUCACACUUGCAAAAUUUAGGCCUGCCGCUAAAAUUGCAGAUGAAAUUAUACUAUUGUACUUAUUUGGCGAAACUGUAUUUGACUAACAAGCAUAUAGUAGCCUACAUUAAUGGGGCAAACAUAUGUCUGGAUAGGUUUGUAAGAUUCAAUAUUUAUUUCAUAAGCCUAAAUAUUUCAAUUUUUAUAUGUAUGCAUAUUUAUGUAUUUCCCCCUUCUGCUGUGUGAAUAAUUGAACGUUUCUUGGCAUAAGUGUUUGUAAAUGUGAAUAUUAUGCUGCUAGGAAAAUGUUGUCAUGGGGAUAAUGAAGUAUUCUUGGUGUAUGUAUGUAUGUAUGCAUGUAUGUAUGUACAGUAUUUAGAGUCCUUUACAAUCACAAAAUGUUGUCAAGAGCUUGAGAAAUUUGCAAAAUUAACUUGCCAAGCAAGUAUAAACAUAUCCUUUCUGGUGUGUAAGUGUUUGUCAGCUGUUUAAAACAUUCCUUUAAAUGUUUUUCUUCUUCCAUGUGGCAAAUUUUUUAAAUGUGAUACUUUGAUUUGACACAUAAAAGUAAGAUGAAAACACACAGGGCCAAGUAUGUAAGUAGGCUUGAAGAACUCAACACUGUAUGAUUUUCAGUAACGUAUGCAGGGUUUCCAAGCAGGGGCAAAAGUCACGAUGGGUUGAUCUUAGAGAGGGUAGUUGUAGCUUGCUUUUAAGUCAUUUACUCAGUACUGGAAUGUCUAUUUGAGAUAUUUUUGUUCACUGGUGUAAGGUAAGAAUUUUUUUUUUUUUAGGAAAACCGCAUGUUUCACAUUUGACAUUCUAUUUAUGUACAUAUUUAUGUACAUUUUUUAUGUCACAAUAGCCUGGUUCUUCUUUCCAUUGACAUAAGGUGUUCAAAAUCUAAGGACUGAUGGCUUAUCAAGCUGGGUAAUGUAUAUGUCAUGUUCUUUGUGUUUGUGUAUUAUAUAUUGCAUUGUUGGCAAAGAUUUCACUUUUAAUUUCACUUCUAACUUAAUUUACCAAUUUCUAGCUCAGAAUAGAUGUCCAGGGAUUCUGCAAAUGUGUUACUAUAUUAAUAAUUGCUAUCUGGAGAGAGGAAUCUAAAAGGUUUCCCUUGCUGCAUCAACCAAACUUUUAAGAGCCUAUGAAAUGCCUCCAAGCCCACAUAGGGACACUGCUGGCUUGUUGGGGCAUGCAGUUUUGAGAACAGGCAUAAAUGUUUUAUAAGUGUGACAAACGCUUGACUGGGUUGCUCUUUGAAUUGACGGUUCCUCAGUCUCUCCCUUUUGAAAUACCUUUCAGAACAAGGACUUAGUGUUCUCAUUAGUCAAAGAAAGGUGAUUGCUUUCAUUAUGAACAGACUCAAUGCACUUGUUUCCCAUGCUGUGUGUGCUCACAAUACUUGUCUCCGGAUUUUUAGUUAACAAGCACCAUAAAAAAACAUGUAAGAUGUGCUGACUUUUAUUUGAUAAAAACAAGAAAGUGAAGGACAAUGGAUUAUUGUUGCAAAUGUUAAAAUGCUGGCCCUUUGUGAGUUCAGGGAGAAUUUACAUACUGACUUGCUCAUAAAUGCUUCCCUUGUUUACAAAGUCAUGGGUCUGGCAAGGCAACAAGGUGAAGUAAAAUGAAUAACAAUGUUUCAGCAUUAGUAACCCAGAGAGCACAGCACAGCCUUACAGAAGGGGAGUGUCACAGGACACUGGAUUAACCAACUACUGUCAAAUCAGUAGUCAGCCCAAACAUACAUAGGUAAGAAACAGCCUGGUUUAAACAUUUUAUUCUAAUUUUGCAGUUUGGUUUUUAAAUAUAAUCAUACAAUAUAAUGCAUACAUUAUGAAAAGUAAAUGAUCUUGUGAAUGUUAUGAGGUUAAUCAAGAUAUGAAAUAUAUAUAUUUUCCCCCAUAGCCCUUUGCAGAAUUGUAGAGAGAAGUUAUUUUUUUAAUCCUAUGUUUUAUGGUAACCAAUAAAAACUUGAUCCUGGCUGCAGUGCUCGAUUGCAGUGGUUCCUUUUCCUGAUAUUCAUUGAGUAUGAGACAUAACCAGUGUCAUAAAGAUUUAGCGUGCUACUGUCAAAAAUAUAAAUACAUAUACCGUACAAAUUAAACUUAAAUACAGUAUUUUGAAAAUUGCACAGUAAUGUAUAAUAGUAUAGUAUAAUUUACAUUCAUUAUGGCUUUCCCUUAAGGAUUUUGCAUGCUUUGCGGCUUAAAUUUAUCUGCGCAGUUUGUUGUGGAAAUACCUGUGGAGGCGUUUCAUAUUCAGCCCUUUCAUUUGAGAAUGGAUAAAUCAAAUGGAGGAAAGCAUUCCUGGGGUAGCAGAAUGACUAUGAAUUUUCCUGAUAAACUCACCCUGGAGAGAAACAGCACUGCAGUGAAGGAGGUCCCAGUGGCAGUCCCCCAGCUGGGCCACAGGCUCCCCAAUCCCCCUCAGGGCCAGCCACAGGAGGGCAUAGCCAUCAGUCUGAAGGGGCUGCUGGCUGCUCAAAGGUUUUCCAAAGGACUCAAGAAACGUGCAACAUUGAAACUUGCAGCAAAAAAAGGUAUUGGGACAACGCCACUGAAGCCAGUCAAGAUCAUUAAUGAGCAGGUACCUGAUGGCUUUGUCCAGCCUUUGGAACGUUUUCCCGUUGCCCAGGUCACCAAGCUGCUGCAGGGCUUCCUAGCAUCCCGCCUGGACGGGGUGACCUAUGAGGCCUCCCGCUCCGGUCAGCUGGUUCAGGACCUAAGUGAGGAUGUGAAGAGGCUGGUUAGGGCUGUUUGUCCCAGUCACUACAAGCUGAUAUGCAUCCUUACUCUGGGUCAGGUGGAGCGGGAGGGUGUGAUGCUCGCUAGUCGAUGCCUGUGGGACCCACACUCAGACACCUUUGCUUCCCACACCUACAAGAGCCCACUUGUCUUCUGCACUGCAGUGAUAUUUGCUGUGUACUGUGAAUGACAUAACGCAGUCCUGGAGUCAAUCCAAAUGUGUGUAGUGUGACAAUUACUUAAAUUACUUACUGGUAUGGAUAUUUAUAUUCAAACAGAUUUACAGGUCUGUUUAAACCCUCUCAACUACAGAUUUACAAAAGAAAUUAAAAUGAGUGAAA